AUGAUCAAAACACUUCGGACAAGAUCCGUUAAAGGAGUAAGACUUAGUCACUCUAUGGUGACUAGCAACGGUCCAUUUGUCGAGUAUCCAAGAAUACAAACUUCGGCUCAGAAUAAUGGUAUUUUAGAAAUUGAUAUGCCUCAGAGUUCGACAAUCUUUCUCAAAGAUUGUUCAAUGAGUUGUAUUAGAGGUAAAGCUCAGGAUGUGGCCACACAGAAAAUCUUUUUACAAGCUAGCCCUAUAAUAUCAUAUCGCUCGUUAUCUCCAAUGUCUUUUGUUGCUCAAUCAACGUCGGGCGCAGCUCACUCAUUAUUCAUUCCGAAAGCUAAAGCAAGGAGUUGGUACUUCAACGGGAACGAUAAAUUCAUUUUUGGACUGAAGUUGCCAGGAAUGGAGAAAGAUCAAAAUCCGCUUAUUGCAGUUGAAGGAAAUGGCCAAUUUGUGCUAAGCUCGCGAGUCAUUACUGUUGAUCUUGAAGAAGGCCAAGAGAUCGUGGUAUCGUCUAAAAAAUUAAUGGCUACAAAUGCAACAAUUGUUCCUUACGAAUCGAAAUUAGAUGAGUCAUACUUAUCUAGGCUCAGGAAUCGUUUGAGUGGGAUGUUGCCCGCAUCCUUGACUCUGUGGAUUGCAGAACCAAAGAUAGCGCAGAAAGACCCGAAAGAGUCCAAAAGCCCUCAUGAUAGAAAAACUAAUCAAAAACCAGGCAUAAGUUCCCCUGAGAGGAUCCGGCUUCUGAGUCAAUUCAAGUUAAAGGGGCCAGGGACUGUAGUAUUCAAUAUACUCUGA